AUUGGGCCUUUUACCACGGAGCUACCGUUUUCAUUUCAUUCCGUUCUGCUUUGGUGGGAAGUUGUCUUUUUUUCCCAGUCGUCCUUCCUCACUACCUGUUGCUUUCUCCUUUUCGAAUGUUUUUAUUCGUUGCUGUGAAUAGUCUUUUCAGCACUACUCCCCAUCAUUCUGAAUAGCAGAAGCGGGUGAUUCAAAUUGGUUGUUUAGAAUAAAGAACAUUUUGUUGAACUCUUUUUUUUGGAGUAGAAUUGAAAUUAUGACCAUGCCGUCGGCUAAACCGACACCUAUGGGAUUAAAUGAAAAUAGAAAGGCCUCCAAGCCUUUGAUUGAGAAAAGACGAAGAGCAAGAAUCAACAAUAGCUUGGCUCAACUGAAAUCAAUGGUUGUGGAAUCUGCGACAAAUAACCAACCACCGAAUGGAAAACCACCAAAAUUGGAAAAAGCUGAUAUCUUAGAAAUGACUGUUACUCAUUUAAAGAAAAUCCAUCACGGUCUAAUGAAAGUGCCAGACGAUGAAAAAUAUAUGGCUGGAUUCUCUUACUGCAUGAAGGAAGUACGCCAUUUCAUAGAAAGCAACAUCGACGAUGAUUCCAAAAGUCGUGUUCUCCAUUAUUUAAAUUGUUUCGCCAACAAAAUUCUGCUUUCUGGAGCCAACCAUAUUUCCAUGACAGAUCUCGAAACAGGAAUGGACGAUUCUUCCUGCUCCAGCAACAGCAGAAGUGAAACACCAUCAUCAACUUUUAAUGAUUGUUCUCCCAUGGAUUACCAUUCUUGCAGUCCUUGUCCAGAAACUCAGCCAGACUCUUCAACAGCCUUAACAAAUCGGACUCACUCACCAGUGAGCCAUUCGCAAUAUGAAAACUCUAAGUGGAUAUACGCCAGUCCAGACACCUCAGCCAAUAGAACACAUUCAUCCAGAAUUUGUGCCAACAACUUGCCGUCUAAUUGCGAAAGAGAGGAAUCAUCUCAUGGAUAUGGUCCUCUAAAUCUGUCCUACCAUAACUCAAAAAGCAAUGUAGAUCGUGGACAGCAAAACGAUGUGAGAAACUCUUUGCAAAUUAACUACUCAAAUAAAAACGUAGAUAAUCAAGUUUAUAAUGAUCAUGCAUUGAAUAGACCAAUCAUAAUGCCCAAUGUAUAUCAGGAAAAUGCAUCUGAAUCAGUCUGGAGACCAUGGUAGCCAUUUAUAUGUAUAUUUAUCUAAGUUGUAUAUAUAAGUCCGUUUUUUAUUUUUUGAAACUUUUUUAUUGUUAUUUAUUGUAUUGCGAAGCAACUGUGACUUGUAAAAUGUUGCGAAACAUUUAUAUUGCACAAAACAUUAUAUUUUUUAUAUUGUAUUUUUAUAGAAGCAUUAAGUGCUUGUGUUUAUAUUUUUCGACGUUGGAAAUUGCUUAUCCGCAGUACAAACCGGUUUCUGAUUUCUCUUUUUAAUAUGAAAGUGUUAUGUAGCAUUAAGCUAUUCUUAAACGAUGGCCUAUUUUUUUCACAUAUCAUUAUACUUUUCUUUGACUUUUUACAUUAAAAAAAUCACUGUAUGAAUUGUCGGCAUUCUAUAGAAAGCCUAGUCAGUCUAUGUAAUGCCUAGUCAUUCUAUGAAAUGCCGAGUCAUUCCAUAGAAUGCUUAGUCAUAAUAAAGAAAGCCUAGGAAUUGUAUAGAAUGCUCGGCCUAUUUUUAAAAGAAAAGUAUGAAAUAUAAAAAUUGUUUAUUACUUUGUCUAAUCAUUACAUAAAAUAUCUAGACAUUUUAUUAAAUGACAAAUUUUCUUUAGGGACUGUUUAGACUUUUUCUAAAUUUCCGGUAAUUUUUUCAUCUGUCUUUUUAAAGAAUGCUUAGUAAGUUAUUAAUCAAGUCUUACUUUACCGAGCAAUUAAAGAAAUCCCCACAAUACAUUGACUAAAAAAGUCAGUGUAUGAAUGGCCGAAAUUCUAUACAAUACCUAGUCAUUGUAUAGAAUUCUAGUUAUUUAGAAUACACAACGUUUUUAGGUAAAGUUCGAAAUAUGACAAUUAUUAUAUUUUUAAUAUUACUUGUACCGUUCCUUUUUUUUCUUCUAAUUUACAGUGUGCCAUAAAACUAAUGAAAAAAUGUAUAUAAUACACAUUUUUUAUAGUCAUUUUGUAACUUAUUUUACGUUCUUUAGAGCAAAUUAAAUAGAUGUUUAAUAUUUAUAAUGCGCUCGAAAAAUUUUAUUUCGCAGACGAGAUUAAAAAAACUAAAUAUGUGUUUAAUUAGGAUUCAGUUCGAACUAUCAGUUAUAGCGUGAGAUUUAGAUGUUGAAAUACUUUAAGCUUAGAGAAGAUGUUAUAUAUUUUAUUAGUAUGUUUCAAUUGUGUUUAAAAACGUGUAUUAAACUUAUCAUAAAGCUUGCUCCUAACCUUCAAGCUGAAAAUUAUUUUGAUUCAUUGUAAACUCCAAUUUAAGAAAUAAACCAAUAUCAACGACAGCGUGACUAUGUUAAGUUAAAUAUGAUAUACUGUCAAGUCAACCGAUAAAAAGAAGAUUCAAAGUCAAAUCAUGACAUCUUCCAUCAGUGGCUGGACAAUAUUUUUGUUAGAACAUCACGUUUUAAACAUUAAAUCCUGAUUAAUUAAAUAAUUUUUCAGUAAUACGAUUCUGCAUUAUGAGCUUAUAAGUACCCGGAUCUAAUAUCCGAUGUCAACAAUUUUCAAUAAUGAAGAAUCAUAGCUGUUGAAAAAUGAAAGGAUAUAGGUUCGGUGAAAAUUAGAAAAUGAUAGCUUUUAGGAAUGAAUAGAGCACAAGGCUCUAAGAAAUAGAUUUUUAAUAAAAAACAGCAAAUAUUUUAUACAGCAUUGUGAUGUUUCAAAUUUAUUGAGACUGAUAUUAAUUUCUUUAAUUCUGUCUAAAAUAAAAAUAAAAAAACCUCUAAGUAGUGAGAAUGGACUUCAUGCCAUUAAAAAAAAUACGGGUUAUAAAAAAAAAGAAUGGAUACUAAGAUUUAAAGAAGUGUUAUAUGUCUAGUGAUAUUGUUGUUUCUUAAUCAAUAAAUUUAAAUUUAACUCACAUGACGCCACUGACUCUUUUGUACGUUCAAUUCUGACUCCUAGAAUUUAAGGCUUAGUAACUUAGUGGAGCCAAGAUAUAAUCAAUGACGAAUUUGUAUAAAUUCGUCAUUGAUUUGUGUCGUUAAGGUACAGCGUGGGAAAUUUGAAAUAUCUUAGCUAUUGAAUUUUUUCUUCUGCAAAUUCAGCUGUUGCAUUUAGGAUAUAUAAAAGCAAUUGGGCUACCACAAUUUUAUUAUUUUGAAACUCUUGCAAUACAUUUUUGCGCAAUUGUUGAUUGAGUUUUACGUUACGAUCUGUCCAUUGGAAUCAAAACAAUCCGAAUUAUAUUUGUAGCAUAAUAAAAGACUGUUUUAUAAAA